UCUGCGGAAAUCUGGACUUGAUGGUUUUCCCGAUAAGAAUUUAUUUUUAACGUAGAUUAAUCUUAUGUAAUCUCAGUAAUCAUAAACAAUCCUAUGCUUUUUUUUCCUUAUAUUUGUCUUGUUUUUCGUUUUUGUUUACGUAAGUGUCAGAACGUUCCUUAGUUCGACGAUUUCGUGCUCUAGCCCAAGAAAUAUGCUCUCCAUGUUUAUCGACUUUUAUUCAUGAAAAUGAACGCUAAAAAGUAUGGUAUGCCAGGAAUGCGUUAUGUGUUCUCCUUAGUCGCAUUCUUAGGUUGUUUUGUCAACUUAUCCCUGAGAGUAAACAUCAAUGUCGCCAUAGUUGCCAUGGUGAACAACUCUGCUGUUUAUAGCACUCACGAGAACGUUACGUCACAUGAAUGCAGUGAACAUCCUGAGUUUUUUAGUAACAGCAGUUUCUUAAAGAUUCAGCCAAGGGAAGGAGAAUUUGCUUGGACGCCUCAAAUACAAGGACAUGUGUUAGGUGCUUUCUAUUACGGUUACAGUGUCAUGCAAGUUCCAGCUGGAAGACUGUCAGAGAUUUACAGUGCUAAAUGGGUUUUCGGCUUAGGAACUAUAGCAUCAGCCCUGUUGUCCCUCUUGACCCCAGUAGUCGCUCGUUUUGAUGUAAUUGCACUUAUCGCUAUCAGAGCCCUGCAGGGAGUGGCACAGGGAGUGGUGUUCCCCUCCAUUCAUUCCAUGCUUGGACGUUGGUUGCCGGACACAGAAAAGAGCUUCCUGUCAUCCGCCAUUUACUGUGGCAUCAAUCUGGGCAGCGUUGCAGGAAUGGCUACUGCGGGUGUUUUAUGCAAAUCUGACUUCCUCGGGGGCUGGCCAUCAUCAUUUUACGUAACUGGUCUGGCUGCUUGUCUUUGGUUCAUUCUGUGGUCGGCCUUAGUCACCGAUACUCCUCAUACACAUCCGUGCAUUACAAGUAAGGAGUCAGAAUACAUCGCAUCAAAUCAAAAAAUUUCACAAAACGUAAAGUUACCUCCAUUCCCAUGGAGUAAAGUCCUGACUUCAAUUCCAUUCUGGGCUCUUACGAUCAACCAGAUUGGGAUGGAUUGGAGUUUCUAUACUCUUCUCAAUGACUUGCCGACAUUUUUUGCCACAAUAUUGCACUUUGAUAUUGAAAAGAAUGGCUACUUGUCAUCGAUGCCAUAUUUUCUAGAGACCGGUUUUGUCCUUGUCCUCGGUUUUGUGUGUGAUUUAGUGGUCAGAAAAGGAUAUGCGACCCUUAACUUCACACGAAAAUUUUGUGCUGGGCUGGCCGGAUUUGUUCCUGCUCUUUUAUUUGUGGGAGUUGGCUUAGCUGGCUGCAACGUCACUCUGUGCGUUGCUUUCUUGAUGCUGGCAGUCAUAUUUGGAAGUUUCUGCAGUUGUGGAUACAUGCUUACACACCUGGACAUGUCUCCUGAAUACGCAGGUACUUUGAUGGGACUGACUAAUGGGAUAUCCAGUGUUACAGGCUUCAUAACACCCAUUGUAGUUGGAGCUUUAACGGAAAACAAACAAACUCUGGCACAGUGGUACAUCGUUUUUGGAAUAACAGUUAUCAUAUUAGUCAUCUCAACCACAAUAUUCAUAUUAUUUGCCACCACAGAGAAACAAGACUGGGCUUUGAGAGAAGACGACAUGCCAAUUUUGCAAGAAUCUAUUCGCUUAUCGCAUCAGGACAACUACGAAUCGUUGAAACAUAAAUAAAAGGCAGUAUUACAACGGAA